AUGGCACCAGUGGCCGUCCAAGAGCCCGCCGCGGACACCAGCCGGAUCCUGGUCAAACCCUGGAACCGGCCCGCUCCGACCUCUGAAGACCUAGACUGGGCUCCCCUGGCCAAGAUCGAUCUCUCGCGCUUCGACGAGCCGGGCGGUAAGCAAGAGCUGGCCAAGCAGCUCUACGAUGCCCUGACCCGAGUUGGGUUCUGGGUGGUGGUCAACACCGGCCUGGACGAUGCGAAGGUGCUGCGGCAAUUCAGCAUCGGCAACACCUUCUUUAAGCAGUCGCUCGAGGAGAAGCGCCAGUUCCCCUGCAAUUUUGCCGAGGGCGAGUAUUUCGGCUAUCGCGAGAACUCACGCUGGAUCGGCGACACCGGGGUCAAGGAUAACGUCGAAAUGCUCAACAUCCCCAAAGACAUCCCGGCCCUCGCCAACGUCCCCAAGCACGACAUUGUGCGCGAGCACUACAACGAGAUAGCCAGCUUCCACCGUGAGGUCUUCGACAAGGUCAUCCGCAAGCUGUUUGUUCUCAUGUCCGUCAUCCUCGAGCUGCCAGAAGACUACCUGCUCAACGCCCACGACUAUGACCAGGUCUCAGAUGACCACCUCCGCUACAUGAUCUACAACGUCCGCACCCAGGACGAGUGGGACCGAGCCCAAGCUUACAGCAAGGGCGGCCACACCGACUUUGGCAGCUUGACCCUGCUCUUCUCCCAGCACAUCGCCGGUUUGCAGAUUCGCACCCCCGAGGGCCAAUGGAAGUGGGUUAAGCCUGUGGAAGGCGGCAUUACCUGUAACGCCGCCGACACCCUGACUUUCCUCACCAACGGAUUCAUUAAAUCGACGGUCCACCGAGUGGUGACCCCACCAAAAGACCAGAUCAACGUCCCUCGUCUGGGCUUGCUGUACUUUGUGCGACCCGGGGACAACACCCCCAUGCGCACCGUACCUUCACCUCUGCUGGAGCGCCUCGGUCUGCUCACCGAGGAAGAUAAAGACACCAGCAAGCCGGUUCCGAGCGGCACCGAGUAUGUGCGUGCGCGGGUCAAGGAUGUUCACUACAAGACGGUGCUGGAGAAACGCGAGGGCACGAGCUUUGAAUUCAAGGGGCUCAAGGUCCAGAACUACUACGACUAA